CUAUGAGGGAAACCGUCCCCGAACAGGACAACACGGCUGCGCCCGGGCUCGUAGCUGUCCUCCGCGCUCGGACCACCCCCAAAGGACUCAAUCAUUGGAAUUGUCAGCUCUGCCAAUUUAGGGGCACAUUUCUCGUCCACUAUGAGCAAACCAAUUAUCUUGCACAUUUAUCUGGCCUGCUGUAGCCUUCUGCUUCUCAGCUUUACCACACAAUGUCUGGCUUUCCCCAAAAUAGCAAGGAGGGAGAUAGCACAAGUUCCUGCAGGAAAAGUGCAGUCGGAGGGGAUGGAGGCAGACGACUUGGAAAACAGCUCUGUUGCUUCCCAGAAGACCCCCCGACUAACAGUCUCCAAAGAUCCAAUGAUAGCGUCGGAAGGACCAUCCGCAGCAACACCAUUACAUCAAAUAUUCUCCAUCCACAAAGAAACCCACCCUACAGAAGCCAGGCUCUUGCAACCCAAUAGCCCUGGUGUUUACAUUGUUACCGAGCCAGGGAUCCCAGCAGGUGCAGAAGUGUCUGGUUCUAGCCAGCCAGCGAGAGUGUCUCCUGGAAGCAGACCUCCCAAGGCCAUGUCACCCACUGCUGUCACGGUCACGGAUUCUCCAAAGACUGAUGAGAAGGAGGAGCCCUGGACUAGCAUUCAGGCCACUGUGGAACGGACCCCCGCAGCAACGCAAGGCUUCCUUAGGGAUAUGGUUAGUCAGUCGUUAGCAACGGAAAGUCAGGGACAUUCUCCUUUAUCCCACGUGACUGAGGAGUUGGAGGCGGACGUAGAUGACAGGACAACUUCUUUUCCUUCUGUUGAGUCUGCAGCAAGCACUGAGCCUGGAAGCCUCACGCCUGAUAGGGAGAAACCUUCCCAGUUGACAGCUGAUAAUACCCAGGCUACUGCCACCAAGUCUUCGCUUGCAACUUCCGAGGACGCCCUGAGUGUUGAGCCAGACGCUGCCAAUCUGCCAGGAGCCCGGGACGUCGCCGUGAGUGUCAGCACAGCUGUUCCAGCUGCCUUCGUCUCCAGUGAUGAAUGGGAUGACACCAAAUUAGAGAGUGCAAGCCAGAUAAGGACCCCAAAGCUGGGAGACGAUACAGAGACUCAGGUGGGAAUGGGAACAUCUCAGACAGCACAAGUAAGCUCUGGUGGCCUGGACAGGGCCUACGCUUUCACAGAAGCUACAGAGGGGGCUCAGGGACUGCCUGAGAGGGAGACACACCUGGGGACAGUAGCACCUGGGGAUGAGAGAUCACCCGCCUUCAUCAGUCCGAGUUCCAGUACCCCCACAAGUCUGCUGGAGGAUACAAGGGCUUCCGCUGUGAACCUGUUCCCAAGCGCGGGAGACUUCAUGGAACCCACCCAGGAGAAUGAUGUUACACUUUUCUCAGAGACCACCGUUUCCGUCUCCGAAUAUGAGUCUGAGGCAUAUCAGCCGCUGAGAAAUACGCUGAAAGAUAUCACUCAGGAAAUGACAACAGCUACUCAAGAACCAGAAGCCACUUUAUCCUUGGUGACACAAGAAGAGGUUCCUGGAGGCAGCGAUGAGCCUGAGGAAGCCCAGGAGUCGCCUGCUCCCGGGUCCGACGUUCCUGGCGUCACUGAGCUGUUGGGAAGAUGGGAGCCCUUGGCCACCACAGUCUCAACUACAGCCGUGCCUUUGUCUGUGGACAUGACUCCCGCUGUGGAAGACCUGAUGGACACAGUCACAAGGCCAAAUGAGGAGUUCACCCCAGUUUUGGACUCUCCAGUGACAACCCCUGGACUGUGGGUCGGCGCACCCAGCACUUCUCCCGCCUUGGAGACAAGAACUGUAGUUCCGUCCGUUAGCCGUGGUAACACAGCAGCCUCCUAUGGCCUGGACCAACUCGAAUCUGAAGAGGCAGAUGAAGAUGAAGAUGAAGAGGAUGAAGAUGAAGAUGAAGAAGAAGAGGAAGAUGAGGAAGAAGACGACGAAGAUAAAGACGCAGACGCCCUGGAUGAGAGCUUGGAUGGUGACACUGAGCUGCCAGGGUUUACUGUCCCUGGCGUAACGUCCCAGGAACCGGGCUUCGCGCAGGACAACGUGGGCCCUUUGGAGGGAGCCACCUACCAAAUGCCAGAUGCCAUCGAGUGGGAGCAGCAGAACCAAGGCCUGGUGAGAAGCUGGAUGGAAAAACUAAAAGACAAGGCUGGCUACAUGUCUGGGAUGCUGGUGCCUGUAGGAGUUGGGAUAGCUGGAGCCUUGUUCAUCUUGGGAGCGCUCUACAGCAUUAAGGUUAUGAAUCGCCGAAGGAGAAAUGGCUUCAAGAGGCAUAAAAGAAAGCAGAGAGAAUUCAACAGCAUGCAAGACCGAGUGAUGCUCUUAGCCGACAGCUCUGAAGAUGAAUUUUAAAUUGGACUGUAGUUGAAUUGUGAUAUUCAACAAUGUUAUUAUUUUUUAUUUUGAGGCAAAAAAAAAAAAAGGAGAGCAACAUCCUCCCACAUUGCUGCUCUCAGGCCGUGAGUCCUGUAUCUGCUGGGUGGUAGGUUUGUCUUACACUGAGCAGAGAGUCCAUGCUGUAUUCUAAAUGUAACACACAGUGUUCGGUUUUAUAUUGUAGAGGGUUUUCCACACACAGCCACGGGCUGCAAUUCAUAAGUAUGCAGCAUACAUAUUGUUCAGUAGGGGUAGCUAGGUUAGGUAGAGUAAAUAUUUUGUAUUUUUCCACAGUAUCUUUUCCCUUGGUUUGGAUAACCUUCAUUAAGUGUAAUGACUGUUGCCACAAGGGCACGCUUGACUUUGAAAUAGAAAUCUUAACAACGUAUAACUUCUCAUGAUCCUACUCUAUCCUACCUGAAACCGUAGACUUAUAGGCCGUGGUACAUACUGCAUUUGCAUCAAAACUAGCAGCAACUUGGAAUGAGACUGUUUCGUCAAAAAGAUCUCUCAGCCACUUAGGAGUAUGUAUAGAUUUGUAUGCAUCUUGCAUUAUAUAUUUCAGUCUCCUAGGUUUAUUAUUUUUCAUCUUUUGUUUUAUUCCCAAACAUGGCAAGAAAAAAAAAUGCACCAGAAACAAUGCAUUAAAUUGACUCUUCAUCUUCCUGUGUGCUUGCUUUAUAAAAUAGUGUGAUGGAGUCCAAAAGACCUAUCAACAGAGUCUUAGAUGUUUAUCAUUAAGAUGUACUUUUUGUGUACUCUUCAACUUUGUCAAAAAAAAAUGAGGAAGAGGAAAGAAGACAGUGGGUAGGCAAGCUCCCUGAACAUUUGAUUGUCUCUGCCGUGUGAUCUAUGCUUCUGUGACUACUACUGUGAAUAAUUCAGUGCACUGCUCACCACGUCUGUAGUCUUGGCCAUGAAGGAACAGGCCACUGUUGUUCCUCAUUUGACUUCAUUAGGACACCAGACAGUCUGUGGUAGAAGCAGGCCCACUGACCAGAGCUCUGGUGCUCAGUGAAGUUUCUGGAAAACCAGCCUUUCUCAAGGCAUCCAUCCCACGAUUGGGAUGGUACACAGUAUCAUCUGUGCGAUCAUUUUUCAUUCCCGUUGAAGUGUAACCCCAUAACCUGUACUAAAUAGGGUACUUGAAUACCCUAUCAGAAUCUUGGAAUUUGGAACUGCAGUUGGUUGAGUUUGGGAAUAGUGAUUUGGCUCACUUAUAUGGAAGGAUAAAAGUUACUAAUUAUACUGUUAAGAUGGAGAACUUGUUCACAGUUAUUAGGACAUGUUCUACUACGUUCAAGGCAGGUUACACCAUUAUUCUAUGUUUUACUUCUCCCAUUUGACCCAAUAUGGAACAGUUACCCAAAGUUAAACCUGGGGAGAAACAACAUGAGAACCCAUUUAGGACGCAAAGCUAUGUACUCCAUCUUCAGUGCCCUUUCCACGGACUCUGAAGGAAACAGUGACAUGUGCAUGUCAGCCCUUCUUUAAAGAUAAGGUUCCAAGGAGGUAGCUACUUGGUCAAAGAAUAUUUGAUAUGAGUUUAUACUUGUAUUUGUUCAGUGACUGCUGCCUCACUAGCCUCUCACUUGCUAAUGCAAGUCUUUUCCUCCUCCAUCUCAGCCAUUUCCUUUACCAUCACAGAAAGUUAAGUAUCAUCUCUAGGGAACUAAUGGAGGAAUAUUCCGGAAUCCAUUCUUGAAUGGUGACUGGCCCACAAGAAAGUUUGCCUUGAUCAAUUUUAACUCUUUUUGCCAAGAGAUGUAAGAAGAUGUGUGAAAUUGGUAAAGAGAAAUGAAAAGCUUUGAACAGUCAUUGACAAAUAAGCUGAAGGUCAUACUGUAAAGAUGGAAUCCAGAACCAUAGCAUUCACAAGUAACAGUAAUUUCAAGAGUAGAGACAUGCUGGUAUUGUAUAAGGGAAAUUUUCCAUUUGUAAGAGCAGCCCCUUGCUCUAAGUGUUCCUACGGUUUGGAGUAAAUGAGUGUGAUGUUGACAAGCUGUUUUCAGAGAUACACAAUAAGCCACUUAAUUUAGCCACACAUGAUGGCCAUCAACACCUUGGGCUUCUCAGUCUGUUGAAUUAACUAGAACAUGGCUGAUAGGUUGAAUCUUCCAACUGUAGGAUGAUAAAGUUACAGAUAACAGAUGCACAUUUUCAUUUUCCAGAGGUCUAUGAGGAUGACAUGUGUGUGAAUUUAAACUGAAGCAGAAAUGGGUGCAGCCCUUUUAGGGACAUUUCACUGUUUAAACAAAGAACUUAUUUAGUUCACAGUAGAUUUCUGUACAAACCUGUUUAAACAAACAGAUAAAGAAAAUGUGCUUAUUAUCCAUCAUUAAAAAAGAAAGGAAUCUUAUUAUUGCAAAAACAAAGAUGAGCUUGGAGGGCAAUAGCUAAGUAAAAUAAACAAGUUGUAGAAGGACACGUCCCGCACAAUCCCAGGUAUACAGGGUAUCUAAAGCAGCCGAACUCAGAAGCAGCGGUGGAAUAGUCGCUGUCCCCGUGGUCUCUGGGGGAGGGAGAAUUGGGAACUGUCUGUGUAAAGAUUCAGUCGUGCAGGAUGAGUGAGCUAUAGAGAUCUGCUGUCCAGCAUACUGCCUAGAGUUGACAUUGUGUUCUACACUUCAGAAUGCGUUGAGGGUCGAUCUCGUGUCAGGUGUUGCUAACAGCAACAGCAAUAACCACAGAAGCAAGGAGAGCAGACCCCUGUGGGAAGAGACCCUUUCCCUAGCCAUGCUGUCCCCUCAGUAACACCUGCUGUGUUGGAGGAAGGAAAAUAAAAAGAGAAAAGGAUAGAAGCUGCUAGAAACAGAACAGCAGGCUGGGAUGGAGAGCCCAGGGUCCCUCCAUGCCCAUGGUGUCUUUCUGUAAUCAGAGGGCAUUAUGUUUCUUUUAUAUUUCUUUGGUUUCUUCCUCUUCUGUAAACAGCCGAUUUCAGUUGUUGCUGGCUUAAUUUAUAAGCAAUAUUUGGAGGUAAUUGGUAUCCCAGGGCAACAGAUUCCCUUAGCAAUGCCUUUGCCUCAACUUCAACUCAUAAACUGUCUCAAAUGUCAUUUUCCAGAAAUGUUUUCUUAAAGUACCUAUAUCUCUUACAUAGGCCUAAAAUGUGGGGGCAAUGUUGAAAGCAAAAUUUUAGAACAUGUUUGAAUAGCUGCAGCACAAUCAAUGCUCGUUUUCCAUUUCAUUAUUUUUGUAAAGACCAAAACUAAAAAUGUUAAGAGAUGAAAAUAAUAUAGAUCGACAUAGAAAGUUCUGCAUGCCCUAGUGCCUCCCUCGGUGCACCUACAGAGAAUUUCUUCCUGUGGAAGUCUAGAAGAAACAUCUGAUUAAGAAUCCCAUCCACAACUUGGAAGAGAAGAAUUCAGUUACGCAUGGACAUGGUGAUUUCUGUGGAUACAAAUAGUCAAUGUUCCUAUCAGUUGCCAAAAACCAGUCUUUGGAAAUAGAUUUAUAAUUUGGUGCAGGGUUCUAGAUACGUGGCCUUUUGCAAAACAGGCUUUGUGGUGGCCACAGAAGCAUCUGAAGGGGCGGGAUCAUGACUGAGGAAAACAGUUUCUCCUUUUUAGGAUGUAUGAAAGUGUGGCUACAAGGAAAGGAAUAUGGGUAGGAGAUGGGCAAGAAACCAUAAUACAAGGCAGGUAUAAAGAUGGCACAAAACGUUAGAAUGUGCCAGGAGAGGCCAAAAUUCUGAGUGGACUGAUGCUUGGAAAAAUGUUGCAGACCGCAAGGAGAAGAAUGCAAAGGAGGAAGAUCUUUGGGGGGGAUCAUAAAGCUCCAUGAAUCUAUUUUCUUUCCAUCCUCCUCAUCAAAGAAAACUACCCUACACUAGUUAUAAUGAAUAUGGUGAGAAAGAAUUGAAGUCCAAGAUGAAGGAGGAGAUGAGAGGUGCUUUGUUACUUUAAAUGAGUUUAAGCCCAGUUAAAUAUCUUCCUUAAUUAUAAGUUAGUUCAAAUGAGUGAAUAUAAACUUCUAGGAAUGGGAAAUGGUUUGGGAAUAAAUUUACUGUGUUGACUUAAUAAGACGUCCUAUCUCUACACAUUUGGCACCCCUCCGCCCACCCAGACACACAACUCCUUUCUGGGGUAACUAUUAGACUGAUAAGCUCGAGAUGGACUGAGGAGAGACCUCUAAUUAUGUUGUUCUGAUAAUUAGAAACUUUGGCAGUCAACAUAGCUGGAAACAAUCAUGUGGCUUAAUUUCUGCAUGCAGAAAAAAAGCAGUAUUUACUUUGUAAGUCACUGUUAUAUAAAUGCAUUGGGAGUCUCUUAUUUGUGAUAGUAGAUGGAUAUAACAGUAAUUAAUGCAAAUUUCUAUUGUGUGAAUGUGGGAUAAAGAGAGAAAGGAAAUAAGGAAGAAAGGGAGAGAGGGGGGAGAGAGAGAGAGAUGGAAAGAAAUUUCCUCCUGGAAAGCACAAAGAAACAAACCCUUUUCUCCAUCAUUCUAUCCAGUUUGCUCGGAAAAAAAAAAAAGAAAGAAACUCAAAUAUUUAAAUAGAAUCCUCUCAAAUCUUCCAUGUAAUAAAAAAGCACAAAUUUUACUUUUUCCCUUCAGAAAGCACCAGGAACAGUAAUAUGAAUGGUAACCACUAAUAACUUGUAACACGGAUUAUGAAUUCUCACCGGACAAUUGCAACUUACAGAUCUGAAGUUCAAGACUGGUAUUGCUGAGAGGUGUAACUUGUUGUGAGUUGAGAAUAGAAGACUUGAGAAUGAGUUGUUGCAGAGUGCGCACAAAUGGAAAGCAAACUGAGUGCCCACUGGGUUAUUUUAUGACCUUUAAGGUGGACAGAUCAUCUGCUCUGGUCUCAAAGUUCAGGAAGCUGAGGUUUUGGUUAACCAGUGUUGUGGGCAGCUUCACAGUUUGUUCCUGCUUAGCAAUGAAAUAAAGGGGACCAAUAGCAUUAGAGCAUAUCUAAAAUUUCCUGUCUCCCAGCAUAGCUUCAGACUUCUUCAUUACCAAACGAAAAUAUACCCCUGAGGAGGGAAUAAAUACAUUCUUCCCAAAAUAAACUUGGGUGUAAAACCCCUUUGGCCAUUUCCUCUUAUUUCAUGCAUAAAGAAAGAAAGGAAAUAGUUUCUAAUUGAAGAAUCAAAUCCCAAGGGUCUAUGUCAAGGAGAGUGAGGACGGUUAGUGAGUCUCUCUUUGGUAAGCCAAGAACACUUGAUAUUAUUGCUUCUUCCUGAAUCAGUACUGAUUUAGUACCUUUUAUGUGCUUGGCAGUGUAUUGAGCAUUGGGGAAUAAGAGGAGCAAAACAUUGUCUGUGAUCAGAGCUUAAGGACUAGUAGAGGAAGAGAGUAAAUGAACAGUUUCAUCUCAGGUACACCAUGCAUCCAGAAAAGGAGCAUCUAACCCUCCCAAGGAGAUGGGGGGCAUUUCUCCCUAGGCCAGCACAUGUGACGCCAGAAGCAUGGGUAGGGGUUAUUCAAGCAAACAAGAAUGGAAUGCACGUCCUAACUAACGGUGAGCUAUGGACAUUCUAGGUCCUCAAGGGAAGUGAGAGUUGAGAUUUUAGGGGGAAAGUGCAGUGUGAAAUAUGAGGCAGAUGCUGAAGGGUCGUCUGGGUCAUGCCAAGGAAUUAGGACUUUAUAUUGAGGGCAGUUGGAAUCAUUGAAAGGUAUCAUGUUGAGAUGUGAUAUGAUCAGGCCUCAGGUCAUGGCAAGACUAGAUUGGGAAGGAUAAAGUCUGAAGUCAAAACCAAUGUGGGUGGGAGGUGACUAUGAUCUGGACCCAGUUGCAAGAGCAAAUGUGGAGGGAGGAUGGGUUGUGGAGGUUCUCAGGAGGGAGCAGUAACCAGCAGGACUUGGGACUGGUUGAAUGUGGAGAAGAGAGAGAAGACAGUGGUUGACACUAACAUGGGUCAUGGCUUUUGGAGCACUUCCAGACAUGUGCUAGUGACUUCUGGAGGGACUGACCUGUAUUAUUUACUAUCCAGGGAGGAAAACAAAGGCCUACAAGUAUGCCAAAAGUAUAUAGGCAGCUUUCAUUUUCUACAAAGUGUGUGUCCAUGCAUCGUAUUUCUCUGUGACUUUUAAUAGUAGGUGCCAAAGAAAUAACAUUAAAUUUAAUAAAACCCAAGUUAAACAUCUGGGAAACUCUCCAGAUACCUUUAGGUGAUGGCACUUUCAGACUAGGUUUGAGUUAUUAUCUAGGACUUGACCCUCGGUUUUUAAAAAUGAAUACAAGAAUUUCUUAUUCUUUGACAUAAGUAGCAGAGAGGAGGGUCUUGUUUUUCUUGAAAACAGAUCCAAGAAAUUCCUCUUUCAAGGCUGAUCCUUAUGUGGAUGAUGUCAGGAUUUGGAUGUGCAAAUCCUAAAGAAUCUCACAAGCAACACAGGUCCUGGGACUAAGUGGUUUGAUGGCCUUUUCGACAGCUGUCAUAGACAGUCGUCAAGUAGCUACAUGACAAUUACAAGUUUCCCACAGUUGCCAUGUCAGCACAAGGCUGGAUUCUGGAGGGUCUCAGUGGCAAUCGUGCAGAAUCGAGGAAAUGCAGAAAAGCAUCAGAAAUAAUUAUCCACCCCGAGAUAAUUGUUAACAUUUUGGUCUCUGUGUGUUUCUGAUCUUUUUUUCUGUGUAUUUGUGAUAUUCUGUAUAUGCACACUUGUAUUUUUACACAAAAUUAGUAUUACAAUUUACAUGCUAUGUUGUUAGCUCCCUGUAGCUACAAUUUCCAUGGUUGUUUUAAAAGGAAUAAAGAAAAAAGAGGAAGGACUUGUGAAAAUCCUGAAGUUGCAUUUGAAUGAACAAGGUGUGUGUUUGCUUGUUAACAAGAUUUUUUUGGCAUUUGAUGGUUCAUGACUGCCCAGUUAGCUUCAGCUACUUCCAUGCGAUGCAAAUGAGAACACAGUUGAAAGAACUCUUGGUCACAGGACAUCCAUUUGCAAAUGUCAUAUUGUACCCCAAGGGUUUAGAAAAUCCUUUCCUUUCUUUGCCUUUGCCCCCAAACCAAAGCUUUUAUAAUUAGACAGUAAGAUGGAAUGACGGUGAGAGUAGAUAAUACAUGCUGUUGUGAGAAACACUGGAAAAAAAGGAUACUUACUGUAGUGACCUAAAUUGAUUAAAAGCUUGC